AUGGUUGCUAUUUUUAGUGGUGGCGCCCGGUUUACUGAUGUUGUCUUCCACUGUGUCUCUAUUGUUUUCUAUAUUAUUGUCAACAAUGAUGAAGAUUUUAUUAAUUUGAAACAUCGAUGUUCUUCGAGAUUCCUAUCUGGCCAUCUAUCUCCGUGGCGGGUGAUCGUUAGAAGGAACGCAACUGAUCUAGGGAAUCAACUACGUCAGCGAGCACUGACUACUCGUCGUCUGUGGUGUGAGGGGGCGAUGCGAGCGCUAUACAUUCAUUUCUCACGGCCGUUAUAA